AUCAGAAUGUGAAAACUGUCAGGUCUUUCAAUGGUUCGAACAGCGGCGGACCUUGAGCAGCAUUCGUAAGAGCGCGAACGGGGGCUGCCUUGAAUGCAAACUUCUCUCCGAAUCUGCCGGCUUGUUCCGCGACAAAUGGCUUCACCUUGAGAAAGAGGAAGAAGAACUUGUUCAUAUCGUUGUCUCGGAGAAUUUCGCUACUCUGAUAUGGCCUUCCCAGACGGAAAAUUCUGAAGAUGAGAAAAAGCUGGAAAUUCAGAUAACUCUGGAGGAAGCCGGUCCGAUUCUUGAUUCCCCCUCCAGAACCUCUCGAGUUGUUGCGUUCAGUUCUGCAGCCGCCGAAUGUAUCGACUUUAUCCAGUCAAAACUCGCCUUUUGCGAUGAGAAACAUGAAGACUGCAGAAUGAAGCCUGGGAAAGACGUAGUAUGGCCAAAGCGAUUGUUGAAAAUUGAUGUUAGCGGCGAUGUUUUGAAAGUCGUUCUUGUUGGGCCCUCAGACACGAGCCAAGAAUACAUUGCUCUCAGCCACUGCUGGGGAACGAGCAAGGACGGCCAACAGACAACAUCGACGGUUCCUCCUAAAACGAACACAACGGAUCUAGAAAACUACAAGUCCGCAGGGAUUUCAGAAUCGAGUCUGACCAAAACGUUUCGAGAUGCUCUCGAUAUUACCCGCAAGCUUGGGGUGGAAUAUAUAUGGAUCGAUUCGCUUUGCAUUGUCCAAGACGACGAGGAAGAUUGGAGGAUAGAGUCCCGAAAAAUGGGAAGCAUCUACGGAAAUGCGUAUCUUGUCAUUGCAGCGACUCUCGCCAAGGACGGAGACCAUGGAUUGUAUUGCGAGAGAGCCCAACGCCGCAUCGAGUUUCAGACGUCCGCUGGUGAGCAAGUGAAAGCUGCUGUGUUCCUAAAAGCACACCAUGACAUAUGGAAAAAGGGCGAGCAGUUUUGGGACGUUCAAGACUUGCCCCUGUUUGACCGCGCCUGGGCUUUCCAAGAACGUUUGCUGGCGAGGAGGGUGGUACACUAUACUCCCACUGAACUGGUGUGGGAAUGCUCAUGCAGUAUCGACUGCGAAUGUGGAGACUUGCAGAACCCAAAUACGAGUUGGGCUGAGUUUAAGCCUGGGAAGAAUUUGAAGACCAAAUAUUCAGAUGUUCUCGUCGACAGUAAUAUGGCGCGGCUCAAAUUCUGGCAUGAUAUUUGCGCUCAAUAUAGCGCAAGGCAGUUGACGUUUCCGAGCGACCGGCGUCCAGCAUUGUCUUCGGUUGCGAGAAGAAUAGAUUUCCCAGGCAUGGGAGGGGCGUAUCUAGCUGGUAUAUGGAGAGACAGUCUGCCUCAUGGGCAGUUUUGGUGGUCUGAGUUCACGAAUCCAAAACUUUAUCCCCUCGGUGCCAAGACUCACCGGAGAGAUAAAAGUCAUAAGAUACCAACGUGGUCAUGGCUCUCGAUCGGAGGGCGCGUGAGUACGUGGGGGAUUAGCCAGGCUUGUUUGAUCGUGGUGGAGAUUCUGAAUGUUCAUUACAUUCCGGCGAUGGAUGGUGAUGACUAUGGCCCUUGCGGUGAAGGAAUCAUCACCCUCAGGAGCCCCGGGGCACCCAUUGAGGUAGCUGAGUCGAAACUUCCAGAUGGACCAAGCAACAAGGAAGUUCAGCUUGUGGGGAACCAAAACUCAUACGAUUUCUAUGCUGACGAGAAUCCUUUCGAACACCCAGCACAAAACUUGAAAGAUUCACAACUGUUAGCUUUUCUAUUCGGAUACUCCCCCUCACAUUCCCAAGUGUUUAUCUUGAAGCUAGUUCCGGGCACGAGCAAGAGGUACGAGAGACUUGGUAUAGCGAAUCUGUGUCCACACGAGUGGUUCGCUGGGCAGACAGCGCGGGUGAUUGAACUGGUUUAA